CUCCCCUUUCUACACUCAAAAACCUCUCCUCUCCCUUUGCAGGCAGAGAAGAAGAAGAAAAUGGAAGAAAAAUCUGAGAAUCCCAACGCCUCUCAUCUCCUGCCAUGAACGGCUGCUGCUUCUCCUGCGGAAAACCGGAAUCCAAAACCGCCCUUUUGAUUCUAGACCAGCUAAAAUCCGGUUUCCGAGGCUGGUUUUGCUUCUGCUAUUGGGUCUGGUUUUGGAUCGAAGCGGGUAUUUGUACGAAGUCGGCUGUUUCGUUUCCUGAAGCGGGAAGCGAUUUUUUCCAAGACUGGGGUGUAAAGAUCUGAACCGGGUUCGAGGGCGAGAAAAAUACCUGGUUUUGGGAUUUGGGUGAUGGCGGUUUUGUAGGUACUCUUCUUCCUCUGCAUUUCUGGUUCUGGUUUUGAGAUUGCAGAUUGGUGGUUUUCUGGUUUUUCUUUGAGUUAUAUACAAAACAGAAAACAAGAAGGAGAAAAAGAAGAAGAAGAGAAAAGAGUAUAGAGGAAAAGGUUUUCGAGAUUUUGGAAGAUGGGGUUUUGGGAUCUUUGAUUCUUUUUUUUCUCCCUCUUUUUUCUUUUUUCCUUUUUUGGUGGGAGUCGUUGCUUUUGAUGGGUUUUGGGUUCUUUUUAUUUUGAUUUUUUUGAAGGGUUUAGAGAAUUUAGAUUUUUGGUUGUCUUUCAUCUUUGAUUUUGGGAGUUGUUGUUGUUGUUGUUGUUAUUUUAUUUUAUUUUAUUUUAUUUUGGGGGCAUGUUUGGAUUGAUGUUUCUGUUGGAUCUUGAAUUCUGGUAAUUUUGAUUUUAUUUUAUUUUUUUUCCUUUUUGGGUGGGGUUUGGGUUGUAUUGAAAAUCCCAUAUAAAUGGAUUGAAGAAGCUCUUUUGAUGCAAUGUUAAGAAAAUUUGUACAUGGGCUGUUGAUUUUCUCCCUUCUUCUAUCUGUUUCUGCCGCCGUCACUGGCUACACCAACUGCAACUGUGACGACGAUGGUCUUUGGGCCGUCGAGAGCAUCCUGAAAUGCCAGAAGGUCAGCGAUCUGUUGAUCGCGCUGGCCUACUUCUCGAUCCCCAUUGAGCUCGGGUACUUUGUCAGCUGCACGAAUCUGCCGUUCAAAUGGGUCCUCGGCCAGUUCAUAGCAUUCAUCGUCCUCUGUGGGUUGACACACCUGUGCGCCGCGUGGGUCUACGAGCCGCAUUCGUUCCACCUGAUGCUGGCACUUACUGUCUUCAAGCUACUCACGGCGCUGGUUUCGUGUGCCACAUCGAUUACGCUCGUGACAAUGAUCCCUCUCCUGCUGCGGGUGAUGGUGCGGGAGGUCUUCCUGAAGAAGAAGACCCGCGAGCUGGAUCGGGAGGUUGGGAUGAUGAAGAAGCAGGAGGAGGCAAGCUGGCAUGUCCGGAUGCUGACACAGGAGAUUCGGAAGUCACUCGAUAGGCAUACCAUCUUGUACACCACCUUGGUGGAGAUGUCAAAGACAUUGGCCUUGCAGAACUGUGCUGUUUGGAUGCCGAAUGAGGAGCGGACGGAGAUGAAUCUUACCUAUGAGUUGAAACAGAGGAGCGUGUCGAAUCUCUCAAUACCGAUCAAUGAUCCGGACGUGCAGGAGAUCAAGGGAAGCAAGGGAGUGAAGGUCCUGCGGCCGGACUCCGCACUAGGACUGGCGAGCAGUGGCGGGGAUGCUGAGCCAGGGGCUGUGGCAGCGAUCCGAAUGCCGAUGCUCAGGGUAUCGAAUUUCAAAGGUGGGACCCCAGAAGUGGUGCAGGCAUGCUAUGCGCUACUGGUUUUGGUGCUCCCAGGCGCUGAUGCAAGAGCAUGGAGCUUUCAGGAACUGGAGAUCAUUGAGGUGGUCGCUGAUCAGGUUGCUGUUGCUCUCUCCCACGCUGCAGUUUUGGAGGAAUCUCAGCUGAUGAGGGAGAAGCUGGCGGAGCAGAACCGUGCGUUGCAGCAGGCCAGGAAAAAUGCUAUGAUGGCAAGCCAAGCGAGGAACUCAUUCCAAAAGGUUAUGAGCCAAGGAAUGAGGCGGCCAAUGCACUCCAUCUCUGGGUUGUUGUCGAUGAUCCAGCAAGAGAAUCUGGGGCCCGAUCAGAGGCUCAUUGUUGAUACGAUGGUGAAAACGAGCAGUGUUGUCUCCACCUUGAUAAAUGAUGUGAUGGAUAUUUCAACAAUGGAUAAUGGGAGGUUGUCCUUGGAGAUGAGGUCCUUCCGGCUACAUUCCAUGAUCAAGGAAGCAGCCUGCCUUGCAAAGUGCAUGUGCGUUCGUGGGGGUUUUGGUUUUGGGGUUCAGAUCGAUAACACAUUGCCAGAUUUGGUGAUUGGUGACGAAAAACGGAUUUUUCAGGUGAUACUGCAUAUGGUUGGGAAUGUAUUGAAUGGGUGUGAUGAUGGAGGGUUUAUGACAUUUCGGGUCACCACCGAGAGCGAAAGUGGGUCCGGGCAAAAUCAGAGGUGGGUCCCGUGGAGGCCGAACUCCUCUGCUGGAUCUGCUCGCGUGAAGUUUGAAAUCAGGAUUAACAGUUCUCAUGACGAGGCCUCAAACCCGUUGGUUGUACAGCUUCCAGGGAGACCUGUCAGUGAUAGAAUUGAGCAGGAUCUCAGGUUCAGCAUGUGCAAGAAGCUCGUGCAGCAGAUGAUGCAAGGGAACAUCUGGGUGGUUCCAAACUCUCGAGGCCUUGCAGAGAGCAUGACACUCGUCCUCAGAUUCCAACCCCCAGCAAGAGGCCAUGAGCCAGGAGGAUCCUCAGACCAUCCACCUUCCUACUCCCUCUUCAGAGGCCUUAAAAUCCUAGUGGCUGAUGACGACGAUGUUAACCGGUCCGUCACCCGCAAGCUGCUCGAGAAGCUGGGUUGCCAUGUCUCCGCUGUUGCAUCUGGGUUUGAUUGCCUGAGCGCGAUUGCUGUUGCCGGGGCCCCAUUCCAGGUUGUCCUCCUGGACCUCCACAUGCCCGAGAUGGAUGGCUUCGAGGUUGCAAUGAGAAUCCGCAAGUACCGGAGCGGGAGCUGGCCACUGAUUGUGGCCCUGACUGCGAGCACGGACGAUGAUGUGUGGGAGCGGUGCCUGCAGAUCGGGAUGAAUGGGAUCAUCCGGAAACCUGUUUUGCUCCAAGGGAUGAGGGACGAGCUUCGGAGGGUCCUACUACAGGCGAGCCAAGGCGUCGGAGGAGGAUCCUAGACUUGCAGAGCAAGAAAUGCUGCGCCACAUGAUUCUUUUCUACUGCCGUUGCGAGGUCGGACGGACAAAAACCAACAGUAAUCAUCGCAUCCCAUCCUUGUGAGGUCGGUCGGACAAAAACCAACGGUAAUCAUCGCAUCCCCUCCUUGUGUAUCAAUCAGCCAGAUUUCGGCAUAUAGAUGUUACACACAAUCGUUUUCACAACCAAAAUCGUAUACAAAUGAAAAAUCAGUUCUUGCUUUUGAUUCA